AUGGCUGCAGGUGAAAAGAUUUGUAAGCCAAUUGUAAAUUUUCUUCUAUUACAGAGUCACAGAAACAUGAAGAAGUUGUUUCUCCUGUGUCUUUUACUUGUUGGAAUUAGUUCCAACAGUUAUUGCUAUGAGCCUAAUCACCAAGGGGUAAGAAACCAAAAUCAAAGAGCCCAAGGAAACCAAAACAUGCCAUGGCAAAGUGUAAGGAACAGUGUUUGUCGAUUUGCAUGUUGUUUCUACAAAGAGAUUUCUUCUUACGAAAACAAUCGGAAUGUUUUCUUCUCUCCUUUGAGCAUCUCUACUGCCUUUGCAAUGCUGACUCUGGGUGCCAGAUCAGACACCCUGACGCAGAUUCUUAGGGUCCUUUGCUUUAACCCACGCGAGAUUUCUGAAAAUGACAUACAUGAAGGUUAUCGUCAACUCAUGCAAAUGGUAAACAGAAAGAAUGGGGGCUUACAGUUGAAUAUGGGAAAUGUUCUGUUUGUGCUUGACCGACUGAAGCCACAAGAAAAAUUUUUAAGUGAUCUCAGAAACUUCUAUGAAGGAGAAGCUUAUCCUAUGAACUUCAAGAAGGCUGAUCAAGCCCAGCAAAAAGUCAACAAAUAUGUAGCAGAAAGAACCAAUGGAAAAAUCAAGGACCUUGUAAAUAACCUUGAUCCACUUACUGAAAUUCUCCUCAUUAGCUAUAUUUAUUUUAACGCUGAAUGGGAAAAACCUUUUGAUCCACAAUACACUAAAAUGGGCAAAUUCUUUGUGGAUGGGAACAAGGCUGUUGAAGUCCCGAUGAUGUUUGGAAUGGGCCUGUUCAAGCAUGGCUAUGAUAACCAGCUGUCUUCCACUGUGGUGCAAAUGGAUUACAAAGGAGGCGCUUCAGCAUUUUUUAUUCUGCCCGAUAAAGGAAGAAUGAGGAAGCUGGAGAAAAGAUUGUCUUGUGAACAUAUGUCAAGGUGGAGGUCAUUAGUCACAAAAAGCUCAGUAAAUUUGUAUCUUCCAAAAUUCACUCUUUAUGGGACAUAUGACCUAAAAAAUAUCUUAUAUAAAAUGGGCAUUAUGGAUCUGUUCACUGAUAAGGCUGACCUCUCUGGGAUCACUGGACAGCCCCAGCACAGAAUUUCCCAGGCUAUUCAUAAGGCUGUGAUAAAGGUGGAUGAGACUGGCACCGAAGCAGCAGCUGCCACAGGCAUGGAAAUAGUGCCUAUGUCCGUUCCAGUUACCAUUAAACUCAACAGGCCAUUCCUAAUGGUCAUAACUUUGGAGAACAAUAUACUUUUCAUGGGAAAAAUUGUGAACCCUCUGAAAAGAGAUUAAGUUAAUGUACAUAUUGUGUAAGUGGUGAUCACCACUCUUAAAUCAAGUAUUUGACCUGAUGAGUAUGGCAU